AUGUGCGGAAUCAGCGCUGCCCUUUCACUGGCAGGGUACCCCGCGCAAUCGAACGGGGAUCGCCUGUCAUCUCUUGAGCAACUCAGCAAGAGUCUAGAUCUUGUUCAGCAUCGCGGUCCAGAUGCGCGUGGGGAAUGGGCCAACGAGGAAAGCAAUGUUUAUUUGGGACACGUUCGACUCUCUAUAGUCGACCUGAGCCCACAAGCAAAUCAGCCCUUUCAUGAUACUGCGAAUGAUGUUCACGCAGUCGUGAAUGGUGAGUUGUACAAUGACGAAUACUACCGAGAGCUCUUGGGUAGUGAAUAUGACUUUCACAGCAAAAGCGAUUGUGAAAUUGUGUUGGCUUUGUAUAAACACUACGGGCUGUCCUUUGUGUCUCACCUCCGAGGCGAGUUUGCUUUGAUCCUGUGGGAUGCCCGCAGAAAGGUGUUCAUUGGCGCGAGGGACCGCUUUGGCGUCAAGUCUCUAUACUACACUGUUGUUAACAACCGACUUCUCGUGGCAACUGAGAUGAAGUGCUUUAUUCCCUUUGGAUGGAAGCCAGAGUGGGAUGUUCAAGGUAUUCGAGAGUGUGGCUGGAUGUUUGGCGCCGGGACUAUCUUCAAGGGAGUCAAAUCAGUUUCCCCGGGGCAUUAUAUCAUUAGCAAAGGGUUUGGCCCUAUUCAAGAUGCAGUCUACUGGGAUGCUGAGUAUCCAGACAAGAGGACACCGGAAAUUCGAUCAGAAGCAGAGAUGAUAGAGGGCGUGCGGAACCGCCUGAUGGAAGCCAUCAAAAUUCGCCUUCGUGCCGAUGUGCCUUUGGGAAUCUACCUGAGCGGUGGAAUUGAUUCAUCGGCGGUGGCUGGCAUGGUAGCCCAUCUCGUCAAGGAAGAGGGGGCCAGACUCGGCAAUGAUGAAAGCCAUCUUCUUUCAAGAAUCAAAUGUUUCACUGUGCAAUUUGACAAGGAUAGUGGAGCUGACGAGUCCGAUAUCGCGCAGCGUACCGCUGAAUGGCUGGGGGUAGACUAUCACCCAGUAUCCGUCAACGAAGACACUUUUGCUACAAUGUUGGCGGAUACUGUUUGGCAUAGUGAAACCCCUGUGCCAGAUACGAAUGGCAUAGGAAGACUCGCCAUGGCUGAGGCUGCCAAAUCACAAGGGAUUAAAGUGAUAUUGACAGGAGAGGGAUCCGACGAGCAUUUUGGAGGAUACAAAGAUCUAUCGAGUGAUUUCCUGCUCGAAAACGAUCCCUCAUGGCACUCUGCGCCAUCCAAAGAGGAGAUUGCCGAACUAGCAAAACGAGUCAAACUCCUCUAUGCGAGCAUGGCCAAGGACAUACCUUUCAGUAGAAAUAGGGCACCCGAGUCAACACGCCGAAUGCUGAACAAUACCUCAAUCUUGACCUUCCUCUCGUUGGUUGGCUGCAUGCCAUUCGCUCAAUGGACCGACAUAUAUACGGUCACGUCUCCCGAGACUGCACAAGCAGAAACUUUGGAUGGACGCGUUCGAGACGCGUUCGCCAACCGGUGGCAUCCACUCCAUACAGCAGAGUAUCUAUUCACGAAAGGCUUCUUCAGCAACUUGCUACUUCGGUAUCUUGGUGAUAACAUCGACAUGGUGCACAGUGUCGAGACUAGACCUCCGUUCCUAGACCAUCAUUUGACCGAAUAUGCCAACAACCUCCCACCAAGUCUGAAGAUCAAAGUGUCGACGUCAGACGGGUCACUUAAGGAGAAGUACAUUUUGCGAGAGGCGGUUCGUCCCUUCGUCACAGAUGAAAUCUAUACCCGACAGAAGAAGCCAUAUGUUGGACCUACCAAUUUCCAGGAAAAUGGGCCACUUCAUAAAUUGUUCGUCCGCCUGAUUACUCGGGAAAAUGUAGAUGCUCUUGGGUUUGUGGACUAUGAAGCAACACUGGAAAAUGUGCGCAAGGCAUUCCAAGAUAAGGACCAGUGGGCUUUGCGAGCUGCGUUCUCUGUUUGCCAAUUUGUGGUGCUUUCGCAAAGAUUUGGGGUAGCCAGAGCUACGGCUCCAUCCCUGUGUCAUACUUGCUAA